GGAGCCUCUUCAAGCCUGGUGGUGAAGUUUGCAGAUACAGACAAGGAGCGUACAAUGAGACGCAUGCAGCAAAUGGCAGGACAAAUGGGCAUGUUCAACCCCAUGGCCAUCCAGUUUGGAGCAUAUGGCGCCUAUGCACAGGCACUGAUGCAGCAGCAAGCCGCGAUCAUGGCGUCGGUGGCGCAGGGCGGCUACCUGAACCCCAUGGCAGCCUUUGCUGCAGCCCAGAUGCAGCAGAUGGCGGCUCUGAACAUGAAUGGCCUGGCAGCCACCCCCAUGACACCAACCUCAGGUGGAAGCACGCCUCCUGGCAUAACUGCACCAGCUGUGCCUAGCAUCCCAUCUCCAAUUGGGGUGAAUGGUUUCACUGGCCUCCCGCCGCAGGCUAAUGGGCAGCCCGCCGCAGAAGCCGUGUUUGCUAAUGGCAUCCACCCUUACCCAGCACAGAGCCCCACUGCAGCAGACCCCUUGCAGCAAGCUUACGCUGGAGUGCAGCAGUAUGCAGGUCCUGCUUAUCCUGCUGCUUAUGGUCAGAUUAGCCAAGCGUUCCCACAGCCACCUCCCAUGAUCCCACAGCAACAGAGAGAAGGACCAGAGGGCUGUAACCUGUUUAUCUACCAUCUGCCCCAGGAGUUUGGGGAUGCUGAGCUGAUGCAGAUGUUCCUGCCUUUCGGUUUUGUGAGUUUUGACAAUCCUGCCAGUGCCCAAGCUGCUAUCCAGGCUAUGAAUGGCUUCCAGAUUGGCAUGAAGAGGCUGAAGGUGCAGCUGAAGAGGCCAAAGGAUGCUAAUCGUCCCUACUGAAGAGUUAUGGGAACCACUGGAUACAAAGCACUAGCACAGGGCAGCAGCUGAAUGAGCCACAUUUAG